GCAAGAAUUUGGAAACAUAAACCACUGCUGGUGUAUUUCAAAUGUAUAUAAAUAUUGUAAAAAAUCUAAAUUUUUUAAUCAGUUUCUGUUAUUCAUUUAAACAAGACUAUAUUUUGAUAACAAAUAUAAAUUAAUUAAACACUGAAAUGAAGUAUAUGAUCGCCCUUGUCCUCCUUUUUGUCGUUGUCAGUAUUUAUGCAGAAGAACAACUACAAGCAUCUGAUGAAAAAAAGACUGAUAAGAGAGGUAUUUAUGGACUCGGCUACGGAUACCCUGCCUUACAUGGGUAUUACGGUGGCUACAGAGGAUAUCAUGGAUAUUAUCCCGGAUAUUAUGAUGGAUAUGGAUACGGAUAUCAUGGUUUAGGAUUGGGACACGGAUAUCAUGGAGGAUAUGUUGGAUAUCCCUCAUUAAGUCAUUUUUAAACUGCGACAACUAAAUUAAAUUACUUUACUUUUAAAAAUAAUUAAACAAAAAAAAUGUUUGACUUGACUCAGUUAAAAUUGUUCUAGGCUGCAUAUUUUAAAAAAUUUUAAUAAAGUUAAAGCAGUUUUUUUAAAGUAACUUGUUU